UCUCCGUGGACUCGGUUCUGAUCGUGCGACACCGAUCGUGCGUAGGUUAACUGUUUAUUGAACCUCACAAAUUUAAGUAUUUGGCACACUUUAAACUAGUUUUCGAUUAUUCCUUAGAAGCAGCCAUAGUUGGAUGGUAACGAUAUGGUGAGAUUAUGAUGUCCGGUCUUGACACAAAGAAAAAAGACAGCGGUCGUGCCACAUCAUUCAGUCAACAAGUCCUCGACCUCGAACGAAAAGUGAAAGUUGACACAAUUCAACCACCACUCCCGCCGGUUACUGAUCAAGAAAAAGGAAAGGCCAUGAGACCACCCAACAGCCGAUAUCAGCGCACAAUCGGUCCUCGACCCUCACAGAAGAUUGCCGAAACCCUGGAGAGAAAGGGUGAGGAGGAGGAGGCCAGGAUGCAAUACUUGACUGCCCAAGCCGCCUCGGAGCAGUCAGCUGACGAUGUCAUCUACCGUCUGGGGGCUGACCCCAGGCACGGCCUCCACACCGAUGAGGCAGUCAGGCGGCUACAGGUGCACGGACACAAUGACUUUGAGAUCAGUAAGGAAGAGCCGCUGUGGAGGAAGUAUCUGGAUCAGUUCAAGGAUCCCCUGAUCUUGUUGCUGUUAGCGUCAGCCGUGGUGUCUAUUAUCAUGGGUCAGUAUGACGACGCAGUCAGUAUCACUGUGGCUAUUUUGAUUGUCGUGACAGUAGCAUUUGUACAGGAAUACAAGUCUGAGAAGUCCCUGGAGAAACUGAGUAAACUGGUUCCGCCAUCUUGCAAUUGUGUGAGAGAUGGGAACCUGUCUAGUUUCUUAGGGCGCAAUCUUGUGCCAGGAGAUACAGUACAUCUGACUAUAGGAGACAGGGUGCCAGCCGAUAUGAGACUUUUUGAGGCUGUUGAUCUUGCCAUAGACGAGUCUAGUUUCACCGGCGAGACAAAACCGAGCAACAAGUUCGUUAAGAUGAUGAAAUCCGCCAAAGGGAACAACACGCCCACCCGGAAAAACAUCGCCUACAUGGGGACGCUGGUCCGGUGUGGUCACGGAAAGGGUAUUGUUAUCGGAACAGGAGAGAACUCCCAGUUUGGCGACAUCUUCAAGAUGAUGCAAGGAGAAGAGGCCCCCAAGACCCCUCUACAGAAGAGCAUGAGCACCCUGGGCAAGCAGCUGUCAUUCUACUCCUUCUGCAUCAUCGGUCUGAUCAUGCUGUUUGGAUGGCUACAGAAUAGGAAACUGCUGGACAUGUUCACCAUUGGUGUCAGUCUUGCUGUUGCGGCCAUACCGGAGGGUUUGCCCAUCGUUGUCACGGUAACAUUGGCUCUCGGUGUCAUGCGCAUGGCGAAACGGAAAGUCAUUGUGAAGAAACUGCCAAUAGUGGAAACAUUAGGCUGUGUGAAUGUUAUCUGCUCUGACAAAACCGGAACGUUAACUAAAAACGAGAUGACGGCCAUUGCCAUUUACACAUCAGACGGCAUGAAAGCAGAGGUAACUGGUGUUGGGUACAACAGUCAUGGCACUGUCUUGUGUGAGGGUCAUGAAUUGGAUAGUUACUCAAACCAGUCCAUUGCCCGUGUGGUUGAGACCGGUUGUGUUUGCAACAAUGCUGAAAUACACAAUGACAUCCUCUACGGUCAGCCAACAGAGGGCGCCCUGCUGGCUCUUGGCAUGAAGAUGCGACUAGAACAUCUCCGCACUGACUACAUCCGCAUCUCGGAGCAGCCCUUCAGCUCGGACACCAAGUGGAUGGCCGUCCGCUGCCGGGAGCGCCGUGGGGCCAACCACUUAGUGGACACCGAGAUCUACUUCGUCAAGGGAGCCAUGGAGAAGGUCCUGGGGCUGUGUCGGACCUACAACAGGUGGAACCAGGCGGAGUGGCUGACCGAGGCGAGACGGGAGGAGUUUAUGCAAGAGGCGGUCCAGAUGGGCGUGGCUGGGUUAAGAGUGGUUGCCAUGGCAGUAGGUAACACCAUGGAGUCCCUGACGUUUGUCGGCAUGAUAGGCAUCCUGGACCCCCCACGGCCUGGCGUCAGAGAAGCCGUGGAGACACUCAUCAGUACUGGAGUCUCCCUCAAGAUGGUGACCGGAGACUCGCAAGAGACUGCCAUCGCCAUAGCAAGUCGGUUGGGGAUCUACGCCGAAGGCAGCUUUACGCUCUCUGGGGAGGAGGUUGAGGCUAUGGACAUGAUGAAACUAGCCUGCAUCAUCCAUCGAGUGAGUGUGUUCUACAGAUCCAGCCCCAGACACAAACUCAAAAUUGUCAAGGCCUUGCAGUCCAACGGCAUGGUGGUAGGCAUGACCGGCGAUGGAGUCAACGACGCCGUGGCGCUGAAGACGGCCGAUAUCGGCAUUGCCAUGGGAAUGACGGGUACCGACGUUAGCAAAGAGGCAGCGGACAUGAUCCUAGUAGACGAUAACUUCAUCUCCAUCAUGGCCGCCAUCAAGGAAGGCAAGGCCAUCUUCUAUAACAUCAAGAACUUUGUCCGGUUCCAGCUCAGCACGAGUAUUGCAGCCCUAUCAUUGAUAGCUUUGUCUACGCUUCUGAAAUUUCCCAACCCGCUGAAUGCAAUGCAGAUCCUGUGGAUUAACAUCAUCAUGGAUGGACCCCCAGCACAGAGUCUUGGCAAGGAACCAGUGGACAAGGACAUAGUUCGUCAGGGUCCGCGUCGCGUCAAAGACCCCAUGAUAACGCGGAGUCUGCUCAUCAACGUCAUCUCGUCUGCUUUCAUCAUCGUCUGCGGUACGCUCUGGGUCUUCUGGCGAGAGAUGCGCGAUAACAUCAUCACCCCACGUGACACAACAAUGACGUUCACGUGUUUCGUCUUCUUUGACAUGUUCAACGCCCUCAGCAGUCGGUCGCAGAUAAAGUCCAUCUUCACGAUUGGGCUGUUCACCAACCGCAUGUUCAUCUACGCUGUGGUAGGAUCCCUCAUGGGCCAGAUGGCCGUUAUUUAUUUCCCGCCCCUCCAGAGGAUCUUUCAAACGGAAGCGUUAACGGCAUACGAUUUGUUACUUCUCACGGUAUUAACCUCCUCAGUCUUUGUCGUCUCGGAGAUUAAAAAACUGAUACAGCGACGACGAGAUAGACACUACGCCGUCAAUCAGCCGUUCAAACACGAGUACGUAUGACACUCUCCACAAUGCUGUGCCUAGCUGCAUGUAGUUUUACUUAAUUUUUUUUUUUCAGGGAGUAAAUAUGUAGAUAUACAAUUGUCUUUUUAAAAAACAUUUCUGUAGGUGCUUAGUCUUGGUACAAGUCUGGAUUUAUAUUUUUGUUUCCCUCUGCAGUCAGUGGUAGAGGACGCUAUCAACAGAAUGAAUCAGAUCAAAGAUUGGGAACUUUGGCACUGUGUUCCAAGAACUUGUCCGGCUAGUGCCCGUGUGUGUUAUAUGCUGGGGAUUUCUCGAGUCCAAGUGCCUAAAUUCCCAACAUCAGAUUUUAUUCAUUGUGUUGAUGGUUCCCAGCACUGUCGUGGCUGCUUCAAUGCAUAUGGCAGGGACCGGUGGCAUUAGGAGAACAAAUAAGAAAUCCAGACUUGAUCCAAGACUAGUAGGUGCUGAACUACUGAUCUCUAUAUAAAGACUGGAUAGCAGAUAUCAAUACACCAGUCACACAGUAGACUUUGCAUAUUGACCAAUUCGCCCCCGGUCUCACGAAGAUGGCCGUGUAUAAAAUACGAACGUUCUACGCGUAUAUACAGCGCGCGUUAUAUCAACCGUUGACGCGUAUUUUGGUCACGUACACAAUGAUGUUCUAAAAAGGACACAUUUCCGUAGUGAUUAUUAUUUCCAAAACGCAGAAAAAGUGAACUGCGGCAUUAAAAAGUAAAACCACGAUGUUAGAAAAAUUGUGAACCUUGGUCAGUAGUGGUGGUCAAAAUUUAAGUCAAGUGAACCGCGAAGUUACAAAAGAAAUAAUGCUGUCCAUAAAAGACGGCAACUUGUCCUUUGUAGAUCACCAGCCGGUCUCACCAAUAUGGCGUCAAAUUCAUUCAUUGUGCGGGUCUUUAUCCGCUAUCCAGUCUUUAUAUAGAGAUCAGUGUGCUGAACCCACAUUUAAUGAGUGACAUGUGACUUACUGGAGAGGGGGCUGAACCCGUAAUCUCUGAAUUGCCAUUCCGGUGCUCUACCAACUACCAAUCCGACCAAAAAAAUGAUGGAUGAUUCUGCCCGUGUUAUCCAAAUUGUUAUGCUCGAUUGGUUACUUGAGUCCGAAAAAAAUAAUAGCACUUCGGGGUUCUACAGUGAUGUAUAAUUACCAUUGGAAUUUCAACAGGCAACAAGCAUUUAAUAAAUUAUAAAUACAUGUAGAUAAAUUUAUGUAUUUAGCUUGUGUGACUUUACCAAACCGUGUGCAACCUGCAGAAAUGUUCACUGAGUCCUUGUCCUUGACUUGAAAUUGAGAUUGUGUUUAAGUAUUAAUUUGUGAAAAUUAAAUUUUACUAUAGUUUUGUUUUGAAAAAAAA